AUGGCGUCUCUCGUCUGGCUACUGAGAGCAGCCUGGAUUUCGUUGAUUCUUCCUUUCCUAAUCGCAUCGAUUCCGUCGCCAAUCAGCGAUUCGUUUCACAACCGUUUUGUUGAACUCAUCAAGCGAGGAAAGGUUGCGCAGUCUUCGUCAAAAAGAUUUAGUGUUCCUUUGAAAUAUUUUGGGCAUUUUUACCUGUGGGCGGUUAUAUGGACUACAUGCUUGCUUGUUGCGACAUGGAUGUACGGCUGCCAUUUGAGCGGCGGCGGAGGAGGAGGAGUUUCAGAUGAGGUAUGGAAAUCGGUGUUUCUGCUUGUUCUGUUGGAGAUUCAGGUGGUUCGACGCCUCUACGAGAGUUUCUUUGUGCUCAAGUAUCGUCCCUCUGCCAAAUUGCACCUCUUCGGUUACAUCAUUGGUUAUUUUUUCUAUACAGCAGCUGGUCUAUCCCUCUGUGCCGAGCAUGUCCCGGAGCUGUUUCGAUUCGUAUCGAAUUUGCACGAGGAAGGACUGCGCACCUUCAAAUUUGAUCCAUCCCGGCUUAUCGAUGCUCUUAUUGGAUUCAAAUGGUAUAUGUGGCUCGGCGCAGCCAUUUUCUCGUGGGGUUGGAUUCAUCAGCGCAACAUUCAUGCCAUUCUUGGCUCGUUGAGGCCGAGCAAGGAAAUGAUCAAUCAGCACACAAUUCCUCGUGGCGACUGGUUUGAGCUUGUUUCUUCUCCUCAUUAUUUCGCAGAAAUUGUCAUAUACCUCGGGCUUGUGAUUGCGAGCGGAUGCUUCGACCUUACAAUCUGGCUUCUUUGGGAUUUCGUGGUAGCUAACCUUACCUAUGCGGCAGCCGAAACACAUAGGUGGUAUUUAAGUAAGUUCGAUGACUACCCUAAGAAUCGCCGAGCUAUCUUUCCUUUUGUCUACUAAUUAAUGCAGGACGUAUCGAC